AGGAAAAAAAGAAAAUGAUUCAUCGCCAUCGUCCUCAACCUCAUGAACCCCCUCAAGCUCAGAGAAAUCUCUCCCUCUCAACGUAGCCGCUUCCGUCUCUCUCAACACUGCGUCUCUCAUGACUCAACAGUCGCGUCCCUCUCAAUUUCACUCACACCCAAAACCCCUUAAUCGCAUUUCAGUAAAGUCUCUAUCAACAAACACACGAAAAUGAUAAAAGGAAAAAAGGGAGAAUUCUCACAAAGUGUCACGGCGGCGAUGAAAGGCGUGAAGAAGUUGGCCUCCCAAUCCAGGGUUACAAAUUGGUGCCCUUGUGUUCAAAAGUAACUCUGCAAAGCACUUUGGAUGCUCAGAAAUUGAAUUGCCCUAUCCAUGUUAGAUUCAAGAAAAGGUUUUGCAAAUUGACUGAUUAAUGUGUCCCUUUUUACCGCAGUAAAAAAAUGGUUUGCUGUAAUAGCCUGAACUUGGUGUUGGAUGCAGGAUGAACCAUGAUGAACAACAUGACUGCUUUGAUUUGCUCCUGCUGUGAUGUCUUCAGUAGUUUGGACUUGAUGCAAGCAUGUAGUGUUAUUGUCUUGGAUUGAUGCAAGAGUGUUUGGACAUUUUGGACCAAGGUAGGUUGUGGUUGGACUAGGCAAUGCUGUGAUUUGCAGGUUCAGUUGGUGCAGCACAACACAUAAAAUGGCAUUGUUGUAGUACAAGUCAUGAUUGGAGCCAUGUUAAGGUACAUCUCAUGGUGUGGAUUGAUGAAGGGGUAUGCAUUUGAUCUCUUGUUCCUGGUUCUAAACUUGUUUGCUUGUGCAAGCUUGGAGUUGCAGGUUGUUGUACUGGACUGCAUUGUAGCUUGGGAUGUUGUUGUAUGCUGCAGGACAUGGUUGUUGGUGAUGCUGCAGAAGCUGGUUUUUCUCUUGCUGGUCUUUCUCUUGCUGGUCUUUCUCUUGCUGGUCUUUCUCUUGCUGAUGUUCUGGGAACAAUGGGCGUUGCUUUAAAAGCAUGCACACUCCCUGGUAGGAUUUUUACAGAUCGUUUUGGGCCAACAAAAAUGGAAGUGGGUCUUGGAAUUCACGGGGAACCUGGUGCACAUGUGACUGAUAUACAGCCUGUAGAGGCAGUGGUUUCUCAGCUUCUGAAUCAAAUAUUGUCCAAGGAAACAAACUAUCUUCCAAUAUCUCGGGGUGAAAGAGUGGUACUCAUGGUCAAUGGGUUAGGUGGCACCCCCUUAAUGGAACUAAAGAUUGCAGCAGGAAAAGUAGUUCCUCAAUUGAUGGUGAAGCACGGAUUGGCUGUUGAUAGAGUUUAUACAGGGUCAUUCAUGAAUUCUCUUGAUAUGGAAGGUUUAUCAAUUUCUAUCAUGAGAGCUGACCGGUCUAUUCUUCAACGAUUGGAUGCUGAGACGAAAGCUCCUUAUUGGCCUGUUGGAGUUAGUGGUAAUCGUCUGUCUGCAAAGACUCCUGUUCCAAUUCCACGACCUCGGUCAGCCAAGAUUGUUGAGCCACAGAGUCAGCCUCUGAAACUAACUGAGCAAGGACAACUUCUUGAGCUAGUCAUUGUAGCCGCUGCAACUGCACUGAUACAUCUCAAAGACACUCUAUAUGAAUGGGACUCUAAAGUUGGUGAUGGUGACUGUGGGUCAACUAUGUACAAAGGUGCAAAGGCAGUUCUUGAGGACAUGAAAAAUUACCCUCUAAAUGAUGCUGCAGAAACUGUCGGUGAAAUUGGAUCAACAAUUGGAAAAUCAAUGGGAGGAACAAGUGGGAUCAUAUAUUCAAUUUUAUGUAAGGUAGCAUGUGCACAGCUGAAAACAAGCUCCCAUUCUGUUAUCACAUCAAAACAAGGGGCUAAAGCACUUGCGUCGGCCAUUGAUGCUGUUAGUAAAUAUGGGGGAGCUAAAGUUGGUUACAGAACAUUGCUAGAUGCCCUUAUCCCAGCAUUGUCAUCACUUGAAAAGAGGCUAUCUUCUGGUGAUGAUCCUGCCACUGCUUUUCUUACCUCAUCUCAGGCUGCACUUGAUGGAGCCGAGUCAACCAAGAAAAUGCGAGCAAAGACUGGGCAUACACUUUACGUGCCUCGAGAGAUUCAGUCAUCAGUUCCUGAUCCGGGUGCUUUUGCCACAGCGUCAUGGAGGCUGAACAGGAAAACCAACAUACUGAGGGCCUCAUACUGACAAGUUGUAGUUAGUAUGUUUGAUACUGAUACAAGGCCAUGCUUAUAAAUGGGAGCCACUGGGUCCAAUGCUUUUUUACUUGCCAGCAAAGAACCAGCAGAAACAGCAGAUGUCAUGAUCCGGUUGCAGAAAACAAGAAAGAGUGAAUACUUGAAAUACUCCCUUUCUACUCCAUAUGGUAUUCUCAUGAUCUUUUCCUGUAAGACGCCAUAGGUAACGAGGGUAAGCAUGAUUCCGGAAACAGCGAAAAUGCCUUUCCAUAAAUUAUCUCUGAAAGUACGAGUGGUAUGUUGAAUUGGCAUCAACUGCGGUUGCUUGAAGUGAGCAGGGACUUAUAAGGAAGUGUCCAUGGCAGGGUGUUUUGGUUCGUUCAUCAUGGAAUUGUCUACUAUUGUUGGUCAUGGCUAUGCGCCCGACAACAAUGUCUCUACUUGACUACGGUUAUAAUCUACCAUUUUUUCGCGCUAUGCUUUAACGUGCCAUUGCUGUUUUAGCUUGGUGUAACCAAUGGAAUGACCUUGAUCUAUACUUGUCCUGCAUAGCAUCCUGUAAAAUAUGUUUCACAUUAUAACCUUGCUUUUAUUUAUUCAUUGUUUCACUUAUGAUCAAACUGCUAUGGAACUGUUCUCGUGCUUUUGUUUCAUCGUUCUGGUUGAGCUUCCCAGGUGAACCUUGUCUUGUUUCCCUCUUGAUUUUGGUCGAAACUUUCACUUUCCAUACAUACCGCCGGCAUUUGCUUGCAGUGACUUUGGGUUGGAACAGCGGGGAUAUCGAUUUAACCUGGCAUGUUGUUGCUGCAGAUUCUAUGUUGAUUUCUGACUUAGAUUUCUAUGUGUGGCAUGAGCUGUUUUGAUGCCUUGCUAGAUAUGUUUGAUGGCAGGUUGGGGGCUUUGGCUAGGUGAUGUGGUGUAAUGUGAGCAGGGAACUUGGUUGCACUUUCCAUGAGCACAUUCUUGUGGUGCUGCUGCAGCUUAUUAUUUGGUGGCUAUGUGGAGUAGCAGCUGGUGUUAGGAUCAUGUGGUAACAGAUUUUUUGUUGUAAAAUGGUACAGGUUAGGAAUGACCAUUGAAAAUUCAUGGUUUUGGAGUUUUGAAUUGGUUUGUUCAAUGGGACUUACUUGCAAAUGAAGUAAACAAGAAAAAUCAUCAACAAACAUUGAGAUUGGAUGACACAAUGAAACAAAGGGCCAGGCCAAGUUUGGAUAGUCAAGAGCAAGUGAGGGUUGACUUUGGUCAAAGUUGACCAAAAAGUCAACCGUUGACCAAAGUCAACAAAUGGUCAAACAUGCAUUUUUUUUGUAUUUUCUUUGUAAACAAAAAAAGAAUUAUUGGUUAGGGUGAAAUUUUGGGUUUGUGGAUUUUGGGUUGACUUUGGUCAAAGUUGACCAACAAGUCAACUGUUGACCAAAGUCAACAAU